UUCAAGACAUAUUCAUUAAUUAUUUUAUUCUUUUGUACUCUUUUUUUUGAAGUCUCUUCAUUCAAAAACAACCACACCAUCAUGGAAAACCAUCCUCCUAAAUGCAAAUUUACACUAAUCUUAUUGUUCAUAAUUUCUCUCUCCCUUGGCUUAAUUUCUUUCAUCUUGUGUAUUGCAGCUGAGAUAAAGAGGAAUAAGGAGGAAGAUCUUAGAUGGAAUGGGAAAUUUUGUUAUUUGCCAACAAGCAAGGCAUUUGGAUUGGGUAUUGCAACAUUGGUUAGUUUAUUUUUUGCACAUAUUAUUGGGAAUUUUGUGUUAGUAAGGAAUUUUUAUUCAAGAAGGAAAAGCAUCUCCCAGUUUAAGAUGCCUUCUAUUGCAAAGAUUCUGUUUUUGAUAUCAUGCAGGUUUAGCUAUGGAAUUGUAGUUAUAUUAUUGAUUGCUGCAACAAACAUGAGCAGAAGACAAGUGUAUGGAAAAGGAUGGUUGAAUGGUGAGUGCUACAUAGUCAAAGGAGGAACUUACUCUGCCUCAGCCAUAUUGAUCUUUGUUACAAUUGGUUCCAUAAAUGCUUCAGCUUUCUCAACAUUAAAAUCAAGCCAAGAAUAUAGAGAUCAGAAAAUACACAAACUAAGUGGGUGAUAUUAAACCACCACAUUUUAUGUGUUCAAUAAAAUAAAGUAAUAGAAAAAAAGACACUUCAUUUGUGCACAUUUCAUGUGCCUCAUUCAGGUAACUCUUGUUUUGAUCCCACUUGCAAAGAUUAGUAGUUGUUUAUAUUGAUGUAGAACACUAAUUGUUUAUAACUAACUAAAUUUUUACUCUAA